UUUAGACCUUGGAAAUAUUCUAGGUAAAGUAAAGUCACUGAAUUCAUUUCAGACAAAUUUUGUUCACAUUUUCAAACCAUUUUUCUGCAUGAUAUGACUUUAAAUAAGGCAUUGAUUCUACAUUAAGUUACAUACAUCAUUAACUGCUUCAAGUUUGUCUUUUAUUGAUUCAAAUUGAAACCAUUUGAAAAAUCAGCUGCUGUUAGGUUCCAUUUUGAGUGGAGUGAUAACAGUUAUUAAUUGGACCAAGUAUUAUCAAAUUUGUUUGCCUGGGUUUAGUAAUAUGAGCAACAUAUAAACUCUACUUGAGUCAAAACAAAUAGUAAGGCAUGUCAACAGUGCCUCAGUUUAUUAUAACAAUGGAAAAAAAGCUCAACGUUUAUGAAGGAAUGUUUAGUUGAGUAAGUGUGCAAUCAGGGUUUGUAUUUAACAGGUCACGGUCUAUGGCCAUUAGGAUUAUGGCAACAAAGGUGGACCGUAAUCACGUACAGCCGGGUUGUGUCGUUACCCGCCACAAGUAGGGUAUAUUCCUCUGCUUAUGAGUACAGUGUUACUGACAUCUAGAAUUAUAAGUGUGGAGGUUGCCAGUGCUCGUUAGUUUACCUGCCAGGUAUGAUAUAGGUGUUCACAGAUAUAGUAUCAGUGUUUCUCGAGACAGGAGGGGACGUACAGCACCCCUAGAGAGCUGGUAUCAACUACCUACUCCAACAAUAGCAGGUGUUGAUUACAUUCUGAAAUGAGUUGGUUCCUGCAGGGAUAGACAUGGCUGAGUUAUUGUUACGACUCCAUGAACUGUGUACCUGUGGAGUCAGGUAGGAAGGCCGAUGUGUCCACAUGUACAAGGAAUAAUACACACUACGUGACAAUUCAUUAAUGAACUGACCCUUGCUCACUAUCUGUCAGAUUUAUCACCUGUCACCCCUUACUGAAGAUAAUGGACUCAACCAGUGUCAAAGGCUGGUGGUAUGUAUCGCUAGCUGUGCUAUUCAUAAAUAAAUCAAGUAAUCAGACAAGUUGUUUUUGACUGGUCAGCCGGUCAGUCUACCCCUUACCUAUACUGUAUGUUUCACAUAGCCAGGUAGGUGGCUGUUAACAGUGUAGAAAUGAAUGCAAUGAGGCAGGUGUGAGACCAAGAGCCGUAACUCUCUGAUGUUCCGCUGUCAAGUGUUUCAUUGCUGUGAGUCGCUGGAGACAAUUUUCCACACGUUCAGCCUGAAUACUCUGGGUAGGACUACAUACCUAUGAUCUACGAAGCAUUGUGAUAUUGGAAUUUAUUCAAGCUGCUUAGCACACAGGCUUCUAGAAAAAGAAGUUUAUGUCUGAUAAUUAAAUAUAUCGCAUCUCCAUGUAGACAGUUGCGUCAAUCCAGGCUUGGAUUAACCUGUGAGGACAGUUUCAUUUGAAUUCCUGCGAUGGAUACAAGCAGGAUUAUUUUUUUUACCAUCACAGAUUCAGAUUGGGAGUUUUGUGUGAAUCCCGUUUGCCCAGGUGAAUUUAGGCAAGAGAGCAUUUUUCAAAUGCCUAUAUCCAUGAAGAUCCAUUAGUAGUUUUCAUUUCUCAAUGGGCAGAGAAUGAUAGAAAACGACAGGUCAGUUCAUACAUAUGAAAAUUCCUGUAAUUUUGAACAACAUCCAGAACGAAAAAAGGAUCAAAGUUGUGCUGGAUAAAACAAUCAUACUGGAUGCACAAUGCAGCUGCUAACAGUGAUUUUAUACAAAGUUUGGAUCUUAAGAUCCUGUUCUAUGAUAAUGUCCGUGUGCCAUGAUACCAAGGGAUAGAAAAACAUGGCAAAAAUGGACGACAGCUUUGAGAUUGAGGAGGACUUAUGGUCUUCCCCUCUGAUGAAUUAUAAAUCUCCAUUCGAGGAUUAUAAGGAUUUAUACGACGACUAUGGGGCCUCACGAUCCAGCCAAAUACCUGUGUUUACAUUUGAACGACCUCCAUCUCGGAGUGACCGUAGUGAAGAUGAGACUGACUUCGCCAAGCCCAUGACCUCGAAAGUCCUGCAUACCAAGCGGCCAAUCACCAGCACUGGCACUCUCGGAAGGAAGAGCAUCACAUCGGCCAAGGGUAGCGGAACAUCUGCCCAACUAGCGUAUAAACGGAAACGCUCAGGAUCAGCAACAUCUGUAUCUGGCGGAGUGGAUGAGGAACUGUUCAUCAAGUCAUUCGAAGAUGUUCCCAAAGUAUCAAUGUACUCUGCCAGAGAUCUGCAGGACAACAUCAAGAAGAUCGAAGCUAUCCUAAAUGAUCCCAGCAAAGACUGGGAGAAACGAAAUGAUUCUAUGAAGCAACUGCGAUCCCUGAUAGUAAACGGAGCAGCAGAGUAUGACGACUUCUUCCAAUUGCUGCGGACACUGGAACCUUGCUUUAUGCUUGCUGUCAAGGACCUCCGAUCUCAGGUGGUCAGAGAGGCUUGCAUCACAGUGGCCUACCUGGCCAAGUCAAUAGGCCACAAGGCUGACCACCUGUACGAGUCCCUGUUCCCCCAUCUCUUCAAUCUCAUCCCCAACGGUGCCAAAGUCAUGUCCACGUCAGGCAUUGUCUGCAUCAGGUUCAUCAUACAGUUUUCCCACUCUUCCCGUCUAAUUCCCAUCAUAACUGGCACUUUCUCUUCCAAGUCCAACGUCAUUCGGAGGUUCACGUGUGAGUUCCUGAACCAACUGCUGCACACCUGGCCGACCCACAGCCUAGAGAAACACAUCGCCAUCCUCCAGGACUGCAUCAAGAGGGGCAUCAGUGAUGCAGACUCCGAGGCCAGGGCAUUCUCCAGAAAAGGUUUCUGGGGCUUUGCUGAACACUUCCGGGACCAGGCUGAUGCCCUCCUAAACACCCUGGACUCCUCUAAACAGAAGAUGCUGCAGGGAGAACUCAGCAACUCCUCCAGCAACAACUCCCUCAACAGCGACCGUGAUACUCUCAAGGUGGCCUCCAAGGCCCGACCACGCUCGCACAGCACCGACAGAACAGACAGUGGAACACUAAGCCGAACUGCGAGUGCUCGGCGUUCAGGUGCAGCUCGAAUCAGCUCAUCACGCAGUGAUGCAGGUGGAGACUCGGAUUUUGAAGUCGACCUUGACAUUCGUCGAGCAGCAGCUAAACCUUAUCAGUCUCCCUAUGCUCAGACGAUUAUUCGUUCUAGUAGCGCAGCGGAUUUGAGCGGGACAAACGGUUCCCCGACGAAGCCUCGCUCAUCAUCUAUGUUAAUGGCCACUAGGCUAGCAAAGGGAUCAACCAACUCACUGCCUCGUCAGAAGUCUAGCAGCAUGAGUAGUAAAACGGUCACAAGUCUUGUGACUCCUGAUCGCAGCCGAUCUCGCUCCCGGAUAGGUGUCUCUCAGUCUCAGCCUAACAGUCGGUCAGGCUCCCCAUCUUCCAGGCUAGGCUACAUCACCCACAACUCAGGUCGCGUUGACCCCAUGGCUUCGGGGCGCCCCCGCAAGUCUGGCAUCCCUCGGAGUCAGGGCACCAGCAGGGAGGGGAGUCCCAGCAGACACACUUACGGACGGGAAAGAAGAUUGAGUGGAAGCAAAGUUAGUCAUGGCUCAAAAGGCGCAGUUAUGGCCCAGCGAUUGCUGCGACCUGGUUCUGAUGUGGAAGACGCUCUGUUUGAUGCUCUGCAGAGGGGACCGGCAAAGAAAAGGUUUGACACGUACGAUUCUGAUGACAAUGCCAGCGAGACAUCCAGCGUGUGUUCUGAGCGGUCGUACAACUCAUACAGUGGCCGGACAUCAGAGGCGGACUCCGAUAUGGAUCGGAGACAUCGUCACCCGAAGGUCAAGCAACAAAGCCUGUUGCGGUAUUCUCCCAACACAGUUGUGACGGAGGAGGACAUGCAGGAGAUCAUAGCUCAGCUUGGCAGUGGCUCGUACACAGAGAGGAAAGAGGGCCUCAUAUCCUUACAGCAUUUACUUAGAAUGAAUAGAUACCUUAGUCGAGUAGAAUUGAAAAAGGUUACUGAGAUUUUUACUAGAAUGUUCCAUGAUCCACAUAGCAAGGUGUUCAGCAUCUUCCUGGACACACUCGUGGAGCUGAUUGGCCUCCACUGUCGGGAUUUGCUAGACUGGCUCUACAUCCUCCUUACUCGCCUCCUCAACAAGACAGGGGCAGACAUGCUUGGAUCAGUCUAUGCUAAACUGCAGAAAGCUUUAGAUACUGUUAGAGAAAACUUUCCAAGUGAUCAUCAGUUCAAUACGAUUACAAAAUUCAUCAUAGAUUCUACCCAGUCCCCAAAUUUGAAGCAAAAGGUUAAGAUAGCCAUGUUGCAUUACCUCAAUAGUCUGAUUAUUCACAUGGCGUCCUCCGACUUUGUAAAUACCAUGGAUGUUCGGUUAGCAGUCUCCAGAAUCAUCACAUGGACAACGGAACCAAAGAACACAGAAGUUAGAAAAGCUGCCCAGUUAGUUCUUAUAGGCCUGUUCAACUUGAAUGCCCCAGAGUUUUCCCUCAUGCUAUCAGCGCUGCCCAAAGCAUUCCAAGAUGGUGCCACAAAGAUAUUACACAACCACAUUCGCACAACGAGCGAACCAAUGGAUGUACUGUCUCCCCGAAAUGCAGCCAGCCCUGGGCAGCAGAGGAGCAGGCCACCUUCUCGGUCAAGUAUCGGCCAUCCAGACGAGUUUGAGACCGAGAACCUGAACCCAGAGGACAUUUACAAUUCCAUUAAAAAGACUUCUGCUGAUAUCCAAAAUCUUAGCAUAAACAGCAAACUGGACCAUUACGAUGAUAUUAAAAAGAAACGUGAGUUCACAUCACAGGAUUCUGGGAUUCAGGACUUGCGGAAUGACAGUCCCGAUGCUGUGGAUGGUGGGAAGAGGUCUCUUCAUUAUAACCCCUCACACUACCAGGAGGAAGUCAGGAAUAGGAAUGCAAUGAAUGGGUACAAUAACAAGCUUGCCCUGGCUGAGGCAGUGUAUGAUGGAGAGAAUGACUUUUUCAAUAAAGCUCCAUGGCACACCCUGUUGCUAGGGUCCCCUUCGUAUGGCUCAUCACCAGACCAGGGGGAACUCAUCAGUGAAAUUCUUAAUGAAUUAUCCAAUCACAAUGAACGGAAUUCCGAGCGGCAGAAAGCAAUGAUCACCUUGAUGGAGAUCACGCGAGAUGACCAGUUCGGUCUGUGGGAUGAGCACUUCAAGACUAUACUGCUUAUCUUGCUAGAGACAUUAGGAGACAACGAUAGUCAGAUUCGAGCUUUAGCCAUCAAAGUUCUGAGAGAGAUUCUAAAGAAGCAGCCUGACCGAUUCAAGGAUUACUCCGAAUUGACCAUCUUGAGAAUACUUGAGGCUCACAAAGAUCCAGCCAAAGAGGUGGUGUUGUCGGCAGAGGCAUGUGCAGACACCCUGUCUACUGCCAUCCCCGCAGAGCAGUGCAUGAGGAUCCUCAACCAGAUCGUCCAGACGGCUCACUACCCAGUCAUCCUGGCCGGAAUCAAGAUGCAGACUAAGGUGGUGGAGAGGUUGGACAAGGAGAUUCUGGAGAGGAUGCUGGCUGACGUAGUCCCAGGUCUACUCAGGGGUUAUGAUGCUCAGGAGAGCAUGGUGCGGAAGGCCAGUGUUUUCUGUCUAGUUGCAAUACACCUGGGGGUUGGGGAGGUGCUGAGGCCGUACCUGCAGGAGCUGUCUGGGAGCAAGAUGAAGCUUCUGAACCUGUACAUCAAGAAAGCCCAGGCCCAGAAGGAUGACCCUCGCAGUGUCCAGUCUCCGGUCAUGUCUGACACGUGACACUUCCAUCAUCAACUCAUGUAGCAACGAGUGCUGUGCCGUGUGAUACACACCCACCUAGCCUGCAAUUGGCUCCACACUGGCCAAUCAGACAGCUGUAUUCCAAUCACAUGACUAUCCCGCAGCCAGUCAAAAGGAAAAAAAAUAUAAUUUGAAAAAAAAAGAAGACUUGUGGCCUUUUCCAUGUAGAACCGAAGUGCUAGCCGACAUUGUGACUCUCAUAUGCACACCUACAAGUGAGAACUGUCUGCUAAUGUCUGUUCCUGCUGCUAGGGCUUGGUCUAUAGCUAUCACUGUAUCGGUGUCAGUGUAGCAUCAUGCAGGCUUGCUUCCAUACAUACACGGUUGUAGUGUUCCCUAAUAAGAACGGAAAUACGUUAGGUUUAUUAUGGACACUGGAUAACGGAUGAGCCAAUAUUUGAUGCAAUGAGAUGUUUACGGAUAUACCUUUUCAUGCUUGUCUGUGGUACAGAUAUGAACAGUGGUGUUUUUACGUGUAUGAAUGUGAUAUCAGAAACUAGAGCUUUCUCUGUCAUUUUUAUUCAUUUUUUGUAGGCACCGUCAAAUGUUCAUGUUCUCAGUAUCAAAAUGGGUGUCUGUGUUUGUGUUACCAGAAAGGCCAGAUCAUUUUCGCAGACAAUUUUGACAUUUCUUGAUUCAGUGUACAGUAAGUCAACCCAUCAUUAACUUAAAACAGUUGCCAUUUUCUUCAUAUUCAUAAGUUAAUAAGGUAGGUCGCUGUCUUGAAAUAGUCAAGCUGUGUGAUCAAAAGAACCUAAGAACCGGUUAGUUCAAGCAAUAUGAUUGGAGAGCAUAUUGUUAAAAUUAAAUUAGCAAUAAACAUGUGUCCAUCCUAUGCAUUUGAGGUUAAAUAUAUUGAAGAGAUUUUAAGCUAGUGAUUGACAUUUGGUACACACGACUUCGAAUUUUCUGUGUGAGGAUUAUCAACAUCAUGUUCACCUUUUCACAUAGAUCAAAUUCAUUUAAUUUACAGCUCAUGAUGUCGUGUACUUAGUGAUUUUUAUAUCCAGUUAUUUAUUCCACUCAUUUUAAGGUGAUAUUUACUGUAGAAAACUUAUAACAGCACUAUCUGAUUUUAGACACAUCUAUGCUUCUGGGAAUAUUAGCCCUUUGGAAAUGUCUUACAAUGGUCUCCGUGUCGGGCACAGGGUGAAGACACAACAACCAACUUGUCUCUGAGAAGAUCUCAGAUUAUCUCACGAUAUUAUUCAAAAUAAAAUCUAUAUAUAUUGUGUAUAUGGAGCAUUUGGUACAUUUGAAAGGAUAUGUAGCUUGUCUUUUGAAGGAAACUGAGACAGGCCUGUGUAUCGUAGUCGUCGACCUCUGUCUUGAGCUCAGUGUAUUAUAUGUACAGAACUAAUGUGUAUACUGAAAUUUGUACAUUUUAUUCAGAGUGGCGUGGCCACAGCAUGACUUUGGGGAGGGAGGGAGUAAUCAUUGUUCCUAUGUGCAGACUGGGGGAGAAAUCAUUGCGUGUUCAGUGUCACAGAAAACUGUGUGGUGCAUGCUUAACUGUGAUUGUGUAUCUGCCAGUACGCAGAAGAUGACUCCAGAACCUCAUUCCUGAUGACACCCGCCACUUCAUGCCAUUUCUCCUGGAGCCAGCAUCUUCUCAUCUGUCUAUUUAUUGUGCAUGUGUCGGAGCUUUCUGUAGUCAUUGACUAGUUCUCAGCAGGAGGCGGUUCGCCUGUUACCAGUUGAUUAUCUCUACCGACUGGAAUCUAUCCACUGGCUCCAUCUCUUUGCCUGACACGUUAUCGGAGUGUACACUCAGGACCACGUGGAGGACAUGUUUCUGGGUUUUAGACUGACGGCUGCUUACUGGCAGAGGUGAACUUGUGUGCAUGGUACGAAUGGAACUGACAGUAGAGAGAGUUGUUGCUGUGACCCUUUAGUGAGUGUACAUGCCUCACAAUAUGAUAGCAGUGUAUACAUAUUGUAGCAACUGUGUCAGUUUGUUUUAUCUGGUCUUAUGUCACGUCAGUUUCUUUAAUAUAUGCUAUUAUUAUUAUUAUAUUGAUGAUAUGGCAUGUUCUGCUAAUAAACACAACUCUUAACUAUGA